GGUUGAUGCAGCGUUCACACUAUGGAGUGAGAAUAGCUUCAGAGAGAGAGAGAGGGAUACACACGAUAACAGACACAAGAUGAGUUCCCAGCAGUUUCCCAGAGCUGCACUGCCUCCUUCUGGAGCUGGACCGGGUCAGGCGUCUACUGACAGCAGCACACAACCAGUAGGCAGUGAGGACAGCAGCCGUGAAGUGGAUCGCUCUCAGGAUCCUCCGCCUGGCAGCGGCAGUGCGGGUGGAAUUGCAUCGUUCCGUGACGAUAAGCAGGAGACGGUGGUGGUCAGGCCCUACCCACAGGUCCAAGCUCUAGGCCAGUCUCCUGCUCUGCCCCAGCAUGUGCCUAUCCAGCCCAGCCCUCCUGUAACUGUGGCCGCCCCAUCAGUCCAACUGUUACAGGGUCAGCAGUCCAGUGUCGAGGGAUCAGUGAAGGCCCCGCUGAAGUCACCUAUGCCCAGUCGUCUUAUAGCACCUGCUCCGGCCGUCAGCCAAGGUCAUAUACCUGUUCCAGCCAAAGUGUCUGGACAUAUCACAGUUCCUCUUGAGAGCAGCAUCGCUCCGGCCUCUAUACCAGUGGCAACCAUCAGCGGUCAGCAGGGGCAGAGUAACCUGCAUCAGCUAAUGGCCACUAACGUGCAGAUCUUCAGGGGUAGUGCACCUGCUCUACAGAUCGCAUCUCCUGCUUCUCCCCACACUUUCACCUCCCAUCUGCCCAGAGGGGCAGCUGCUGCAGCUGUCAUGUCCAGCACUAAAGGCCCUACUGUUCUCAGACCAGCCGGAGGAGGAAACACAGGCCCUAGCCAACCUGCAGCUGUGCAGCACAUUAUACAUCAGCCUAUUCAGUCUCGACCUUUAGUAACCACCUCGACUGCUGUUCUGCCCACUAUGGUGGCUCCCAUCCCAGCUGCUAGAACCCAGUCCCCAGUCAUCAACACCCCUGUCACACAUGCUGCAGAGAUGGUUCAUGGGAGACCGGUAACCAUUCACCCUCCACCAACCACCAUCAACAUCCAGCGUCCCCCUACUCCCCGGGACACUGCCACGCGCAUCACCCUUCCCUCCCACCCAGCUAUUGGAGCCCAGAAGGCCCAGCCACCUCACACCGUGACACAGAAACCGAUAUUCAACACUGUGACCCCGGUUGCCGCUGCCACUGUGGCUCCUAUCUUAGCUACCAACACUGCUUCAUCAGCCACCACUACAGGCUCUUCACCACAUACUCAAUUGACCAGUAGCACUAUUGUCACCAUGACAAUGGCCUCUCACUCCUCCCAUGCUACAGCUGUAACCACCUCUGCCAUCCCUGUCGCUAAAGUGGUUCCUCAACCGAUUGCCCACACUUCCCCACGCAUCCAGCCAGAGUACCCAGGGGAAAGAACCAACCUCAUUCCCAUCCCAGGUCAUCGAUCUUCUCCAAACCCUGUCACCAUGGAAGCACGCAGCGAUAACAGGCCGUCAGUGCCAAUGCAGUUUCAGUACUUCGUACCCACAUACCCCUCAUCCCCGUAUCCUCUGACCCACACCUACACCCCGAUUACCAGCUCGGUCUCCACCAUCCGCCCUUACCCAGUCACGGCUCCAGCUCAGAGCUCGGCUCUUCCUGCUCAGGCAGGUGUUGGUGUUGCCACCACUGUGCACUUGAACCCCAUGCAGCUUAUGGCAGUGGAUCGCAUCGGACUUCAGUCUGCCCAGAUCAGCACUCAGAACAUCCAGCCAGCCUCUAUGACUGCUCAGGGCAUUCAGCCUGCACCAAUAGGAGUUCAGGGGCUGCACGCCACUGCACCAAUCAGCACACAGAGCGUACAGCAGACUCCAGUCGCCACACAACAGCCGCAGUCAGAAGCAAAACCACCAGGUGUCGUUUUGGCUGAAAGUCCUGCUUUUGUCACUAAUCCAAUCGGGAGCACUUUUAGCGGCACGCAGCCUGUCACUACGAUGGUGCAGACACACCCCCAAGGGGCGUCUACAGGUGCACCCACGCUCGUGUCCUCCCCCCGGCCUAGCAUCCUUCGCAAAAAACCUGUGAACGAGGGGGCAGUGCGUAAAAGUCUGAUCCCAGCGCAGCCAAGUGAGCAUAACGCUGGCCGAGUGGAUAGUGGGAUAAGGCUCUCGGGAUCCCCUCGCCCAGCGGGAGUGAAGCCCAAAUCUGAUGUUCAUGUUGCAAUGGCGCCCCCAGUCAUGGCAGCCGUGGAGGCUCUUCCAAGUCACGGAGGUGAGCAGCAGGCGCUGUCCACUCCUGCCCAGCAUCACUCACAGGCCAUUCCCACCCUUCUGGCUUCACCAGCUCCAACACCUCCCUCUCAGCCCACUGCCGUUCUUUCAGCCCUGCCUGCAGCCAUGGCUGUGACUCCCCCUGUGCCAGCCUCCAUGGCCAAUGCCGUGGCUUCUCCCACCCAGCCAGCGGCCACCAGCACUGCUGCCCUGAGCUCCACCCUUCCGGAGGUUAAGGUGAAACAGGAAACUGAGCCAAUGGACACUUCACAAGCAGUGCCCAUGGUUCCUUCCUCAGCAGGUCCAGCUCCACCCCUCUCCUCCCAGGCCUCCACCCUGGCCAUAUCUUCUCAACCUGGAGACCUCCUGCCUGGGGCCUCUCCUAGAAAGAAACCCCGCAAACAGCAGCAUGUGAUCUCCACCGAAGAGACGGAGAUGGUGGAAACCAACAGCACCGAUGAAGAGAGAGCUAGCAGUCGAGCCCCUGGAAACAGACCUGAAAGACACGAGUCUCCACCUAGGGAAUAUGUUGACGAGGACGGUGUUCGUUAUGUACCAGUCCGCCCCAGACCUCCCCUUACUCUACUGCGUCAGUACCGUAACCCCUGGAAGGCUGCCUAUCACCACUUCCAGAGGUACAGUGACAUCCGAGUCAAAGAGGAGAAGAAAGGAAGCCUUCAGGACAUGGCCAAUCAGAGAGGAGUAGCAUGUCGAGCUCAGGGCUGGAAAGUGCACCUGUGUGCUGCACAGCUGCUACAGCUGACUAACUUGGAACAUGACGUGUACAGCCGGCUGACCACCCUGCAGGAAGGCCUCAUUCCAAAGAAGAGAGCUGGAGCUGACGAUGACCUGCACCGCAUCAAUGAGCUCAUACAGGGCAACAUGCAGCGCUGCAAGCUGGUGAUGGAUCAGGUGGCUGAAGCUCGCGACACCAUGAUGAAAGUACUGGACCAUAAGGACAGAGUCUUGAAGCUGCUCAACAAGAACGGAACUCCCAAGAAGAGCUCCAAAUUAAAGCGUAAGGAGCGGGCAUAGAUCGAACACAGGAAUGCUCUUCAAAAGCUGGACCUGUCAUGGUUUAUCAGGUUGCUGUGCACAAUCAUCUACUUUUACAGUCUCAAAGAGAGAGAAAGACGGUCAUAAACUCUUUUUACAGGAACUGCUGCUGACUGUGGACUGUCAGACUGUCCAUUGGGUAUGAGGCAGCCUGGUUAACCAAUGCUUUUUGUUUUUUCCCCUGAAGUAUUUCAUUUUAGAAGAAACAUCUUGUUUUUUUUAGUUGUAUAGGCGAUGCUUUUUCUGAAAUGAACUUUAAAGAUCAGAAAGGUCAUAUUUGCUAAAUGUAACUUUUGUAUUUAGUUUGAAUCACAUCAAGUACACACUGCACACAUUCUAACCGGAGUGUGCUAGCUUUCCAUGUUUUGGUGCCUUGUAACAUGGGUGAAACUGUGGAUUUUCUUUUUUUCUUUUUUUUUUUUUUUUUUUUGUGCAUUUAAAUACAAAAGGUUAAAGUUAAUCGUUUCCAGGUUAACCAGAAAGUCUACAGUGAAAAUAUAAUAGUCUUGUACUAACCAGAUAUGAUGCCCUCUAACCCUUCUAGUUUUCUUUUUGUCAUCACUGUAAACAUUCAAGCGCUAUAGUGACUGAUGAUAGUACAAAGCAAUGAAAUGUGUACUUGAAAGAAUCAGUAUAAUUAUGUGAAUUUAUAUGAUAAGAAUGAGUGUAUUGUUUUGUGUUUCAGUGUAAGAAUGUUCUUAAUGGAAGUGACGUGGUUUUCACAGUCUGUUUUUGUGCUGUUUUACAGAUAUAAUGUUCUGGGGUUUGAAUAAUAAUUUGGCUGUUUUGUAAAAAAAUUUUUUUUUACCCAUUUAUUUUUCUGUGUGUACUCUAUUAUGUACUACUGCAGUAAAACUGGAUACAUUUACGAAGAAUCUUUAGUAAGUACAUUUGGUACUAAAUGCACUUCACAAGACUUUGCAAAUAAAAAAACGUCAAGUUAGAUUUUAGACUUUGAAUAUAGUCA